CUUCUACCUCAUUACAAAGAUUGCAACUCGUAAAAAAUUUCUUCCUAUCGAUCCUUUCGUGUUUUCUGUCUCGUUGAAGUAGGGAUCAUCUUUCACUUCUCCGUCACCGGCGACCAUCACACGAUAUAGAGGGAGAAGGAACGACUACAUCCAAUUGCUUGGUGGCGCUGAGUAUCAAAACCCUAACUCCAACAAUUAGGCAAUCAUACAGGAAUUUAAGGAGUGGAAAUCGAUCAUAAAAUAGGAGAUGGAUAUGAGUAACUGGAGGCAUACACAGGGUACAAGUGGUGGUGCUGUUGGUGACACCUCUAUGGAAUCUAGUGACUGGAGAUCUCAGCUGCAAGCAGAUUCACGACAAAGGAUCUUGAAUAGGAUUAUGGAUGCCUUGAAGAGUCAUAUUCGAGUCUAUGGAGACGAGGGGCUACAGAAGCUAAUGAAAAUAGCUGUGAACUUUGAAGAGACAGUGUAUAUAGCUGCAACAUGUCAGUCUGAUUAUAUGCGGAAGAUAUGCUUCAAGAUACUGACUAUUGAAACAAGAUCACAAAAUCCCAUGUUAGACUUUAUUAGUGUAAACCCCUCGGAUCCAGCAUCGUUAGAUUCCACAAAUUGUGAAGAGUGGCAAGAGGAACUGUAUGAAAAGAUAAAAGCUAUGAAGGUUCUAUAUCUACCAGAUUUAAAUGAGUUGAACCUGAAAAUUCUUCGCAGAUUGCAGCAUAAUGAUUUUCAUCCUCAUCAACUGAAUAAUGAGCAACUUGAGAAGCUGAGAAUAUUCAAAAACAUGUUGGAGCGUUUCAUGGCAUUCUUACAAAUCCAAAAGCACAACAUUUCAGUCAACUAUAAAGACAAACUGAGUACUUAUGAGAAGCAAAUUGUCCAUGUCAUCACCUCAACUCGAAGGAAACCCCGUGCAUAAUUGACAUUUGACAUAAGUCAAAGUCAAACCACACGAAAAGUACACUGUUGGUAUAGUCUUAAAUGUAUAUUUUCAUUGUUUGUUACCUUGAGAACAUCUUGAUUCUUCUUCAAUAUAUUUUCUUAUCUA